UUUAAUGGGGAGUAGCCUGCCCCGGGAUCGCUUUACAACCUAUGGAUGUACUGGACGGCUUUCAGUUGGUUUGAGCUUCGGGCGCGGAUGUGUGCAGUAGUUCACCUCCUCGCGAUGUCCCCUCACUUUAGACUGUGUUGCACGCGUUUCUCUUGUCCUUUAAUAUUUUAACGAGGCGAGUGUGAGAAACACGAGACACUUUAGCGUUUGGAGAGGACAAUUUCUGACGGAAGAGAACCUAAAGGCUAAUUGGUGUGGAUCACGGGGGAUGUCCUUUUUAAAUUCAAAGACAGGAACAUUCGCGACUUGACACUGGGGAAGGGUCAGCCUGAAGUGAAGGGUCACUGAGCUCAGACACUCCUUCCAUUGACUCACAAUUUUACACACAUAGAACACAUAGGGGAAAGUCACACACAUAGACACAUCUGCACAACACAUUCACAUUUACACACACAAACUCUUGGGUGCACACACAAAGACUCAUCCGUGUAUAAACACAGACACACAUUCAGACACAGGCCCUCUGAGCAGGAUGAGGGAACCCUGGAGGUGCCUGCUGGGCCUGUGCUUCCUGGCAUGCUCAGCCUCCACCCACAGUGCCACCAAUCCCUUCGCAGGUCAGCAGACCCCUCCCGACCCUUGCUAUGACGACACAGGCGCAGCCCGCCGCUGUAUCCCCGAGUUUAUCAAUGCUGCCUUUGGCAAGGAGGUGAUGGUGUCCAGUGUCUGUGGCCGGCCUGCAUCCCGUUCCUGUAGUGUGGUGGAGCGAGGCGAUGAUCGGCCUUCUGUACGCACAUGCCAAAUCUGUGAUGCAGCUGACCCUCGCCGUGCCCACCCUGCUUCCUACCUUACUGACCUCAACUCAGCCCACAACCUCACCUGCUGGCAGUCUGAGAAUCUCAACACCUCGCCGUACAACGUGACUCUCACCCUUUCACUAGGUAAAAAGUUUGAGAUCACCUAUGUCAGCCUGCAGUUCUGUUCACCACGACCAGAGUCCCUGGCCAUAUACAAGAGCAUGGACUACGGCAAGACCUGGAUGCCCUACCAGUUCUACUCCUCACAGUGCCGGCGUAUGUACAAUCGGCCCAACAAAGCAACCAUUACCAAGCAGAACGAACAGGAGGCUCUAUGCACAGAUGGCCACACUGACCUCUACCCGCUUUCUGGAGGGCUCAUUGCUUUCAGCACUCUGGACGGACGACCCUCCGGCAAAGACUUUGACAACAGCCCGGUCCUCCAGGACUGGGUGACUGUCACCGAUAUCCGUGUGGUCUUCAGCCGGCCCCAACUACCCAGGGAGCUGGGAUUGGGGGCUGGAAGCAACAGCGGAGGGAGGGACGACGACCCCACGGCAGUGACAUCAACGCUGCCAACUUAUUUCUAUGCAGUGGGAGACUUCCAGGUGGGCGGGAGGUGUAAAUGCAACGGACAUGGCUCACGCUGUCUGAAAGACAAGGAAGGCAAACUGGUGUGUGACUGCAAGCACAACACAGAGGGACCUGAAUGUGACCGCUGCAAGCCCUUUCACUAUGACCGACCAUGGCAGAGGGCCAAUGCCCGCGAGGCCAAUGAGUGUCUGCCGUGCAACUGCAACCUCCACGCCCGUCGCUGUCGAUUCAAUAUGGAGUUGUAUAAGCUGUCAGGGAGGAAGAGCGGAGGGGUCUGCAUGAACUGCCGCCAUAACACUGCGGGCCGCCAUUGCCACUACUGCAAGGAGGGCUUUUACAGAGACAUGGCCAGACCGAUCAGUCACCGACGAGCCUGCAAAGCCUGUGACUGCCACCCUGUGGGCGCAGCAGGCAAGACGUGCAACCAGACCACAGGCCAGUGCCCCUGCAAGGACGGUGUCACUGGCAUCACCUGCAACCGCUGCGCCAAGGGCUACCAGCAGAGCCGCUCACCUGUGGCCCCCUGCAUCAAAAUCCCAGUGGUCAACCCCACAGCUGUAGUGAGCAGCACAGAAGAACCAGCAGAUUGUGAGUCCUACUGUAAACCAGUGAAGGGCAACCUGAAGAUCAACAUGAAGAAAUAUUGCAAGAAGGAUUAUGCGGUCCAAGUGAACGUGCUGGACAUGGAGACGAUAGGGGACUGGGCUAAGUUCUCAGUUAAUGUGGUGUCUGUGUACAAGAGCCGCGGUGAGCCCUUGAAGCGAGGCGACAACAAUCUGUGGGUACACAUGAAGGACCUAGCCUGCAAAUGUCCCAAGAUCCAGAUGAGCAAACGAUUCUUGGUGAUGGGUGGCAGCGACGGUGGAACGGGCACAGGGGCGGGUCCAGGAGUUGGGCCUGGGGGUGGAGCCACCAGUCCAGGGGCAGAGCGUUUGGGCCUAGUGGCUGAUAAGAACAGCCUGGUGAUCCAGUGGAGGGACGUUUGGACGAGGCGCCUGAGGAAGUUCCAGCGCAAAGAGAAGAAGGGGAAGUGCAGCAAAGCGUGAUGGGAAAGCAGCGUUCAUCCCUUCCUCUUCCUCCAUCGCCCGUCUUCAUGAAACCCUUACCCAGUGAUCUCCCUCUCCUCCCCCUGAAUCCUUCGUCUUCCCCCAUCAUGGGAACAGUGCACAUUAGAAAGACUGCAUGUACCCUACCUGUUUAAGGACCACGUUUUGUGUAUAUUGUAUAAUUAUUUCCCUUUUUAUUUUUCAAGUUUUGUCUUUAUGUCAGUUGUCCUUUUUGUCCGAUUGGUUUGCCUUAAAAAGGGACCAUUAAAAAGGGUAUGAAGUGUAGACAAAAGCAGACGCCAUUCCCUCCCUCGACGACGACAGCGGAAAUGUCCACUUGUCCCUCAACUAUGCCCCCUGACGCUCAGCCGCCUCCUCCUGUCAAGACUGUCUCCUGCCACUUUGUUUGACAUAUAAGAAUACCAGUGCUCACACUUCACAUACUUCUCUGAGGAUUUUAUUCAACAGUGCUUGUCACUUCAGAGACUGACUGAUUUCAGCAACAAGACAAGCUGCACAUCCUCAGCUUGGCCUCCUCACGUUUCAUUGUUGAAACAAACUCAACUUGGAUCAGCAUGAGCUGUACCACCUGACAACCUUUCAACAUUUGCUGUUAAAAUGUUCAUAAAAAAACUGGCCUACUUGCUCCAGGUCUCUGCAGUACAGACUGUAACUAUAAAACUCUUGUCCCGUGAGGAACCAAGGGCUCCCUUUGCAGGGACAUUUUUCCACAGCAAACCUCAGUCUCACCACCACUGCUGCUGCCACCAGACAGCCCUCACAGAAUAAACUGCUCAUGUAGGCUGUUAUAUCUGCAAAUAUUUGAUGCCACUGCUCAUAGUAGAGUUUAUAUUCUUUGUGUGGCUACUUUUUAUCUCAUCCAUCCAUAUCCCAGCCAUAUCCUUGUUUGAGAUGUAUCUUUUUGUUUCAUUUUACGCAGAACAAACCCUGUUAGCAUGUGUGAGUCACAUUCCAGGCCUUCGGGGCUGUGCCUCUUCACCACCAGUCCCUCUCGUGAGUGGUUUAUAAAGUCAUGCAUCACCAUCAUGUCUCAUUGCUUGUCACUUUUUCUGGAAGACAGUUUAAGCGGUGUGGACAAAUGGCUGGAAUUUCAGAACAAUACCAAUAUUUCCAAGGAGACUUUUUGCUUUAUGGAUAAUGUCUUCCGCUGGGUAGUGGCCUUCCAGAUGUUGCUGUGUGGCCAGUGUCAUUUCUUUGUAUUUAAAUGUCUGAACAUUUUCCUGAUGUGUCUAGUGACUGGUAGACUUUUGUUUGCCAAAAUAAGAGAUUGAAACAAGAGUUCCUUUUCAUGCAGUAAAAAGAAAACAAAGUCGGAUAAACAACAUAGUCGUGUUUUUCUCUAGCAUAUUUUGACAAAAUGAAUGAGGCUGGAAAGUUUUUAGUGCUCACUGAUUGUAUUAUGACAUGAGAGGAUCAUAUUUCAUUCCUCAUGUGAUUUAUUAUGCUUGCAUGUUUGUGGGUUUUGCUGGUCCAUCAAAACCUUACAGUGAGCAAAGCAAGACCUAAACCAAUAUGAGCAUCAAGAUCCAAAGGAAAACUUCCCAAGUCAUCUUCCCCCACUUGCCUACCCUAACGCAGUCCCUGUCAUCCUUUGCCAAAUAAGCAUAGUCAGUUUUUAAAUUCAAUUAAAAGACUAUGGAAGUCAGGACCAACGAAAACCACAGAGAGAACCGUCUGGUAGCUCUCAAGCUUUUAUCUGCCUUUUGCUGUUAUUUCAUUCUGUAAAGCACAUUACAAUUUAUUUAAAUAGAGUACAAGACAAACACACAGUUUUGAGGGGCACAUCAAACUAGCGUAGCAGUGAGUGUGCCGACAGGCAUGUCAUGCUAGCUAGUGGUUACGCUCCUCUGGCUGCGGUGGUAUGUUUGGUUUGUCAUUCUUCCAAAAGUGUCUCUCCUCUGCUCUCUUCUCUCUUCUCUGUGUCAGCCACCACCCUCCCCAAACUCUCUUUUUAACCCAUUUUGCAUGUUGUAUAUUCAGUGUUUUAGAUAAGUGACAGCACAGAACAAGGGUGCCAAAACUCCUCAGUGUACUGUACUGCACUGUAGUUCUUGUUUUCACGUCUUCAGAGAAUGUAUGUCAAAACUGUGAAGAACACACUCACACAGGUGUAUGGUCUGAUUGUAAGUGUUUAUGAAAUAAUGUCACCAAGCUUAAGAAUGUGGAUGUCAUGACAGUUGAUGCUAUUAUAAACUAUGAACAGGGUUAGAUGAUGUUUAAAUGAUUGUAGAUCUUCAUGCUUAUCUGACUGUCUCAUAAUGACAUUUUAAUGAUCUAAUCCAAAAACAACCAGUAACCAAAAUGAGUUAUCACCCUCCUUGAUUUCCAGUGUGUGACAAAAGAGCAAAGAAGGACAUAAAAAGCGUUGAAGUUUUGACAGCACUAUGCCCAGGGCACAAUUCCCACCGUCGGAAUUUCACAAAAAUGCAGAGCCAAACAGUCAAUUAUUUGUGUGUUGGCUGUCCACAGUGGCCUGUCAGACAGGUGGUGUUACAGUAGCACCAGUCUCCUCACCCUGGUAUGUGAGUAUGGUGUGACACAUUAUGAUGGAUGGUUAAAUUAUGUGACCGUGAGGCCUCUCUGGUGCUCAACUCCUUAAGCGCCCAACACACUUGUGGAGGACCUGCAGUGUCCUUGAAUUUGGACUUUCUUUCAUGUAGAAUCACAUAAAAUCCUUUUCUUUCUAUUGGCUCCCUCUUUUCCUUUUCUUAAGUGCCCACCCCCAAUGUUGAAAUAAAGAUAAGAAGAAAGUGGGAGCCAGAUGCUGUUUGGGGGGUGGAAGUAGUCUUGUGAAUGCUAUUUAGUGAGCCUCAUGGGGAGAACCGUCCUGUUGUUUUACGUUAACUAGCCCAGCAGCUUGGCAGUAGAACUGAGGCCAUAACUGCUUUGCUUUGUUUCCCCCCUUUGCAGCAUUUAUAGCAUUCACAGGUGUGUGUGUGUGUGUGUGUGUGUGUGUGUGUGUGUGUGUGUGUGUGUGUGUGUGUGUGUGUGUGUGUGUGUGUGUGUGUCUAAUUAACCCUACCCAAGUAAACAAGUGAUAUGCACAUUAAGUGAAAGUGCAGAGGGGUGAGAGAGCUCUCAUUUGAAGGUGGACAUUUUCUCAGUUUUGCCACUGUUUAAUGUUUGCAUUGAGGAGUCUGAACAGCCUAUGAUGAACAAUUAUCAUUUACAUUUUCCUAGUCUGUUUCCCAUUUUUUAUGUUUCACUUCCAUCUUGCCUCAUUUAAUAAGUUUUGACCGAUUUUAAUGUUGUAAAUAUGUACUGAACUGCCUCUUGCCAUUUAUGUUGUCUUUUAUAAAGCGUCACUUGGCCUGGGAUGACUCAUGUGUAUGGAUGUACAAACCAGAUGAUGUUAUAUGGAUGUAGUAACCAGAAACAUAUGCUUUUGUGAUCACGACCAGAAGAUGUGGUUCAGAUAUUACACAGAAUGUAUUCCUUUUGGUUUUAUUUUGUUUCCAGACAACAACCGCCCAAAUUGUAAAUGACUUUGAGGAGGAUUGAGUAAAAAUGUGACACGGGCUGAUCGGACCCUCUGCUUUUCCCAUAGAGGUACAGACGGGAACUGACACAACAACCCACUACUUUCUGUUACAUUAAUGUCCUGGGAAUAAUGCGUCAAAAAUUGCCCACCUACCUUUCUUGGCGAACAAAGGGAUUCUUCCCUCAGUUCAGUCCUGCUCUUCACUUGUGUUAUAUCAAAGUCUUCCUUGUACAUUUUCCUCUGAGGCAAUGAACCACUGACUUUUUAAUCUAAAUGAUAAAAAAAUAAAUUAUUAGUUAAUGA